AACCUGUGAUUCCUUUGCUCUGCUCUUAGGAGCUCUCACAACCCCUUUCCCUUCCAAGAAGCGGGCGAUCGCUUGAGAACGAUGGAGCAGGGCAGCAACCGCUUGGAGGACUUCCCUCUUAACGUCUUUUCGGUCACUCCUUACACACCCAGUACUGCGGACAUCCAGGUGUCCGAUGAUGACAAGGCAGGGGCCACCUUACUCUUCUCAGGCAUCUUCCUGGGACUGGUGGGGAUCACAUUCACCGUCAUGGGCUGGAUCAAAUACCAAGGGGUCUCCCACUUUGAAUGGACCCAGCUCCUUGGGCCCAUCCUGCUGUCGGUCGGGGUGACAUUCAUCCUGAUUGCCGUGUGCAAGUUCAAAAUGCUCUCCUGUCAGUUGUGCAAAGACAGUGAGGAAAGGGUCCUGGACUCGGAGCAGGUGGCAGGAGGACAAUCGUUUGUUUUCACUGGUAUCAACCAACCCAUAACCUUCCAUGGAGCUACUGUGGUGCAGUAUAUUCCUCCACCUUAUGGCUCUCAAGAGCCCACUGGGAUAAAUACCACCUACCUGCAGCCAAUGGGGAACCCUUGUGGUCUCACACUGUCUGGAGCAGCAGUGGCUGCCACACCAAGCCCUCCACAGUACUGCUCCAUCUACCCACCAGAGAACGCUGCCUUUGUGGAUGACCAGGACUACCCGUCCUUCGUGGAUGGUGGAAAUGACAGGUCCAGCCCUGAUGCUGAGCAGCUAGAAGAGACACAGCUGGGAAGUGAGGGCUCUGCCUGCUUCUCUCCUCCCCCCUAUGAGGAAAUAUUCUGCUCCCCUCGCUAGAGACUAUGAUGCUGAGGAGAAAGCAUUUAAGUCAUUGUUGCUGACCAAUGGAGUCUUUUAUGCUGUGACCUUCAGAAGUUAGACUGCAGAGCAGCCCAAGCAGCCCGACAGAUACCAUUCAAAAGGGUGGGGGGAGACAAAAUGUCUCAGAUGGGUAAAAAUUAGGCUGGGGUGGACAAAUUCCUUUCCGGUCCAGCCAGAAAUCUCCUGCAUGCAGCUCAGGUGCAGGAAUCUCACCUGUGUAUCCACCACCCACCUCUUUCCUAUAGGAAGGCACUGGUGUCUCAAUUUUAACUCCAGCAGCCAAGGGGAAAAUUGCUACUGCUGGGACUUUGGGAGUUUCCAUAGUCAUGAGAGUGGGGGUUUUGAAGGAAGCAGGGAAGAGAAAGCAGGUCCACCUGGAGAUCUCCCAGGGCCUAUUCUGUCCCCAAAGUGGAUCUGCAUAUCUCAAACAACUUGGUUGCCAUCUGGUGUAACCUUGAGGAGUCUGGAUAUCUUAAAGGCUGUAAAAAUAAAUAAGCAAAACAAAUAAAUAAAUGAAGUGAAAUAAAGGAUAUCUCCUGUUACACUAUUAGAUAGCUGGCAAAACUCUACAAAAAUAAAUAAUAGGACAAUGAUGUCAUUAAAUCCUUAAGUUCUCAUUGAGUCACAGUGACUGUUGGCUGCUGAUGUUCUCCUCAGCGAGGCUGAAGCUUGAUGUGUCCACCCCAAGUUGGGAUCUGUGCUGAGCACAGACUACCUGGGCCCAGUGGCCAGCAGGACCCAGGGACUUCUCUAAGCACCCAUUGAUGAGUUCUGUUGAAUUAGACAGAAUACAGCUGCUGUGUCAACACCUGGAAAAUCAUGAAUCAUGGAAAAAAAUCUUUAUGGCCAAGACAAGCUCACCUUCUUUAUAAAAAAAACUUGGCGUCCUUAAUUUCCCUGAAUCUGCACUGUGUAAUAAACAACCAGAACAGAUUCACAGACUUUGGAAGAGACAGUUAAAACCAUCAGGUUUUAAAAGAAAAUAUUUUCCUUAGGCUACAAAGGUAAGGCCAUGCAAGGUAAGGGAGGCUUACUAAAAGCAAGACAGGAUUUAACAAUUCUUUAAAGUUUUGGUACAAUGCUUAUAUAUGGAGUGACUUUUUACUAAUUUUUAUCAGAAAUAUCUAGUUUUCCUGGGGUAUGAUUAAUAUAAGCUUGGUAUAUUAAUGUGAGUUGGAUUAUAUCUCAGGAAAAAAAGGUUUUCAUAUGAGAAUUCAUUUUCAUGUUUGAUGAUAAAAGGUGAUGGAAAAACAUAAUUCAGUUUACAGAAACUAGCUGUAUUCUCAAUACAGUCAUGAAAUACCUAAUUCCUAGCUGAGGGCAGCUGGCUCUGGGGAGGAAGUUGGGUGACAGGGACAGGGUUUGAGCAUCACCAGUGUUCUACCAGCAGUGACACUUGGAGCCCUACGUGCUUGCCUCCUUCACCCCUUUCCCUCCUCAUCCUCAUCUACCCUACAACUUUUUAUUCCUGGGUUUGGGUUAUAAUGAGCACCAAGGGAAGCUCAAAUUGGAAAAGAUGUUAGGAAGAGGUGUCACUGUACAGAAGCUGGGAGGGUAGGACAGCCCAUUCGCCUGGGUGAUACCAGGAGUCCCAUAAGCAGGGACGUGGCCUUGGGGAGGUUUUAGCUCCAGGCAGUAGAGUCAUUCAGCACCGACUGUCACUGUUCCAAGUCAGAGAAAAGUACUAACUGUAGAGGAAACUGGUGCUUCUGAAGACAGUGUGUCCGAGUUAACAGCUUCAGGAGCUCAAGGCGGGAGGCCAGCCUGUGACAGUCAGGGGAUCAGAAAAUGGGAAUUUGUUUAUUUAUUCAACAUUUAUUGAUUGAGCAUCUACUCUGUGUCAGGACCGGGGCCAUCAAGUAAGUACACAACAGUGAAAAACCAAACCAACAAAAGAGCAGAUGUGGCUCCCUACCUGUAGCACUUCCUGUCUGCUGGUGGAGACAGAUACUGAUUGCUUAUUCGCUGAUACCAGUGAGGGGUCCUGGAGCUGUAAGAGGGGUUUGGACAAGUCAGGAGAGUCACAGGGUUUGCUUGGGGUGAGUGAAGUCAGGGCCCUUGCCAGCAUGUAACCCCAGGGAACAUUGUUCACAUGAAUAGCCAGGCGACUGGUGUCUCUCAGCCUCUGAGGAUUGUCCUGGGAGCUGCAUAGCUCAUUUCCAUACGAAGAGGAGGAGGGAGACGCCUGGCAGAUCCCCUGAGUGGGAGGCAGUAUUAGGAGACACUAUGCAGGCUGUAUAAACCUUUCUAUUUCACUGCUGCUAUAGCCCUCAAACAGAGCUGUCUUCCUAUACCUGAGAAAUGACACCCACCAGCUCUCUUGCUUCAAGACAGCUCCACAAUGCUCUCUUUCUGUCUUUAUUCAGGGGUUGCAGGGGCCAACAUGACAGGAAGCCCAUUGAGUGGCCCCUGGACUGACACCAGGUCUUUGCUUGGUCUCUUUGACCAGCGAGGACACAUUCCUGGCAGAGUUUCAGGUUUGUCAUUCAAACAUUUGCCUUUUAUCACUCUCUCUCUAGUCUAUUAGAGAUGAAUGAAGGACUGUGAUCUGGGGAUAGUGACUUGAGUCCAUCUGGCCCUGGCCAUGCUAGCCACCCUGAGAUUAUCAGUGAAGGAAAUGGCCUGCCUUUCAGCAUGUGCUCAAAGGCUCAGUGUCUGGGCCAGAACCCGUGGGGCCUUGUCAAACAUUUUAAUAUGUGUUUGCAGAGCAGUUGGGAAGCCAUUAAAGUGUUUUAACGAGACGUGCGAUCUGAUUCUGAACACCAACCAUUAGGGCAAGACCCAGAGGCACACAGGGUAUAAUGUUGACCUUGCUAGCACAGCUCGGAUCUGAGUGACCAGAACCAGGGCACAUCCCUCUCCUCCACCCGCAGCCAUCCUGGGGCCAGUGCAGGUAGACAUGCUCUGGUGAUCUACAUGGAAUUCAAAAUAAAACUAAAAGGGCUUGUUCAUCAAAGCAGACAAGUUUCUUAAGAACUUAACCUUAUCUGGAAACAUUGCCUGUGAACCGAUUUGGGCUCCUUUUGGCUGGAGAGACUGAAGACAGCUGACAGUCUUGGUGAGGCAGAGAAGAGAUCGUCCAGUCCUGGGGAAGGAAGCCCAGACCCCAAAGGGAAGACGCUUUCACAGAGCUCCUAGGACUCCUUUCUGCCCGUGGGCCAGCGGAGGGGCUGGCCUCUUGUGCAACGGGAACCUGCACUCACUGCCUUUGGCAGAGCUCUGGGACUCGUCUUGCAGGGGUGGAGCGUUUCUCAGAGACUACAGUCCAGUUCUCUUUUGCUUCAGGGAGCCAGGCACAGGUCUAAGCUUCAAAUGUACCAAGUGGCUCUACGCUACAAAGCCAGCCCU